GCUUUAAUCGUUCAGGAUGAAGGGACUCACUGUACUAGCGGUGGCAAUCUUCUUUGCCGGCUGCGCCGUAGCUCAAAACAUCACCACAAAAACACUUGCCAACGGAACGGUGAUCGAGUACAUCGAGUACGUCGAAUACACGGAGUACACCUACGAUGACCCGACAAGUACGUCCUCCGGAAGUAGCUCCUCCUCUUCUUCAUCCGGUAGCCAGACCUCGUCGGGAUCUUCCACCUCAACCGGAGGCCAGACCGUGACGACCACCACCACAACCGGAGGACAGAGCACCUCUUCGGGAUCGCAAACGUCCACUUCCGGCGGAUCCAGCACUUCCACGUCGUCCGGAUCGCAGACCACCUCAACGGGAUCGUCCGGAUCCGGCAGGGUUGUUAAGAAAUCGAUGAAGAAAUCUGGCGGAAAAUCUUCGUCGGAGUCUCACGGUGCUUCACGUUCGUCUGGAUCAGCGAAACUGGGUGGACGUAAAAUGACGAAGACUGUGUCGAUGAAAGCUGGUGGUGGACGGUCUGCGGAAUCCAAGGAAGGUAAACGUUCUGCUGGAGGUAUGCGAUCGGCAAGUCAGUCAACUGUGAAGCAAGUUUCGAUGAAGAUGGGAGGAGGUGGACGUUCUCAUGAGGCUCGUGGAGCCGGAGGUGCGCAAUCGGCCGGUCAAGCUUCUCUGAAGCAAGUUUCCAUGAAGGCAGGAGGUGGACGAUCUCAUGAGGCUCGUGGUGGAUCAGCUGGAGGUGUGCAAACCGGAAGUCAAUCGAUUACGAAAACAUCUUCAAUGAAGGUAUCUGGAGGAAGAUCAUCAGAGAUCCGUGGACCUCGUCCAGCUGGAGGUGUGCAAUCCGCAAGCCAAACGAUUGUGAAAUCAUCUUCGAUGAAGGUGUCUGGAGGAAAAUCUUCGGAAUCUCGUGGUCGCCAAACCGGAGCAGUUCAGUCGACAGCUUCACUGAAGCAAGUUUCGCUCUCUCGUCCUGCUGGAGGAAUCCAGUCCGCUGGUCAAGCCGCUCAAGUUUCGACUAAGACCGCUGGAGGGCGCUCUUCGGAAUUCCGUGGAGCUUCGCGUUCAACUGGAUCUUCGCGAUCGACACAAUCGGUAACCAGGACAUCUUCGGGAUCUGCCGGAGGACUGAGAUCGGCUGGAAGUCAAACCAUUGUCAAGUCAGCUGGUGCAAAGACCGUUACGUCCGGAGGACAGGUUGCUUCUUCGCGAACAAUUGGAGGAUCUUCCUCCUCUUCGUCGAGAACUCAAUCUUCUGGAUCAAAGGGAGGUGAGACUUAUGAGACGUACGAAACCUACGAGACGGUUUACACUGAUGCUUAAGUGUUAGCAUGAAACUGUUCAGAAAAAAGAAACUGUCAUCAAAAUAGUCUUUUUUCUUGCAAAUGUAAACCAAAUCUAAAA